AUGCGCACUCAAAGUUGGCCUUCAACCACGAGGUUCCCUGCCACGAAACUUGCUCCAGCAACAAUAGACAUAGGAUAUUUCGGUGCAUCUGGGCCAUUUGGACGUUUGCCCAGCGUAUAUAAAACUCCCAACCCGCUCUACGAGGAGAGAGUCUCUGGCUUUAAUACUCAUGCUACGGGCCGCAUGUCUGUGAAGGAACAACGGUGCGAACUUCGUGAAGAAAUGCAUGCCAAGUUCGUCUUGAUGCCCGUCGACGAGUUCAUGGACGACUUUGUUCCCAAUUUUGAUAACCCACUGGGUCAGCAAAAACCAGACUUUAUCAAUGCCUUCAAGAACAUGCCUGGGAACGAUAAACGAGAAUUCGAGUUAUACAGGCCUCUCGUCGACUGCGUGGAAGACGCGAACCUUUGUCCUGGUCAUACACUUCGACUUGUUCAAAACAAGGCCGAUCCUGACGACCCUAGCCGACAGAAAGUUGAUGCUGCUCUUUUUCGAACGCCAGACAAUGUUCCAGCCGACGGUCGGCCACACUGGGCACUUCAGAACCUGUCAAUCGAAUUUAAGCGUCAUCGUAACUAUGAUGAUCCAUUUGAAGAGAAGAAGAGAAGGCCGAAACGUGUGCACAAGGCCACAAAAGUGCACGACGUGGAGAUGGCGGCGCCUGAACCGGAGCAAUCGGAAGACCUAACCUACAUGACGACAACUCGAAGGUUUGUUCCGGGCGACUCGUUGACGAACGUCGUGGAGAACGGUCCCCACGAUAUGUCUCGAUUUGCGCUGCUUGACAAUGUGUGGGUGCUCAAAAAGGCGGCCUUAGAAGACGAAUUCUCAGAGCAGGAGUUUCUGAACCGGGUACCCGUUUUCGCAACGGGUGAAGACAUCUUUGACGAAGACGUUACGCAUCCAGCUUCAGAACCGCCAAGCGAGGCGUCUGGAGUGACGGACAAUGAGAGCGACUUCCAUACCGCCAGCGAAGGGGAUGACGAUUUCGAUGGAGGCCACAAAUCUUUUUCUGAAGGAAUUACUGGGCUGGUUGGCAAGGACGAACCAGAGGUGGAUGGAGAUGUCUCGAGGACGUAUAAACACUUCUACCCUUCAGUUGCCGAGAUGGUCGAUACACAAGAGGACUUCUUCCAGACACCUCCCACUUCAUCCAGGGCUGAGGACAAUGCCAAGGCCAUCUUCAAGACCGCUCCUGAGGCAGAUGCUCGACGACGUACUGCUGUUCGAGGGCAGAUCAUUUCAUACGCCAAGAUGAUGUUCUCCCGCCAACACCGUUGCUUCGUGUUCACCGUUCUUAUCCUGGGCGAUUGCGUGCGGAUUAUUCGUUGGGACCACGCAGGCGCCAUCAUCACACACAAGUUCAACUACAUGACCACUCAGCAUCUCGGUGAGUUCUUGUGGCGGUUCUCUCACAUGACGGACGAACAGCAAGGAUAUGAUAUGUCGGCUGUGCCUGUGGUACCCGGAUCGGCCGACUACAAGCUGAUGUCAAAGAUGGCAAUGCCGAUGGAUCCUCCUGACCCGUCUAAGGGUGACUAUGCGAGACGUUCAUUCAUCAAGUCCCUAGAUCUAAAAGCCUCCAACGAAGAUGGCCCAGACGAAUGGUUGUGCUGGAAAUUCACUAUCGUGCCAGAGAAGUGGAGGCAGAAGGGCGAUGUUUCGGCAGAUCGACCCAUUGCCGCGGACGCCAAUUCAGAUGAAGAUAGAGCCAUACCUUCCUCCAACAUGAGUGAAAUGCCAGCCGCACGACACUUUCUGGUCGGUAAACCUCAUUUCGAAUCUCCGGGCAUGACAGGUCGCGCUACGCGAUGCUAUAUCGCAGUCGAUUGUGAGGGGGAGAAGUUCGUCUUCCUCAAAGAUGUGUGGCGUGUUGAUCUUGAAGACAUUGAGAUGGAAGGGCACAUUCUUCAAACACUCAACAAAGAAGGGGUGGAGAAUAUCCCGACUCUUGAAUGCCAUGGCGACGUUGAAGGCCGGUACCAGCAGACUGUAACUCACAAGUACCUCAAGCUGGUUCGUCCUGAUGAUUUGAAUCCUGUCAAGAAACACGCACACUAUCGCCUUGUAGUUGAAGAAAUUUGUCGCCCGCUAAAGGAUUUCCGUAACAGUCGGGAGCUAGUCAAGAUCAUCGCUGAAUGCAUAGAUGCCCAUUGGCAGGCGACGGACAAAGCCAAAUAUGCUCAUCGCGAUGUUAGUGCAGGAAACCUUCUUAUGCACGAAAAGAUGGAGGAAAUGGAUGGUGAAUUUCAUGAGGUCCGUACGGGGAUGUUGUGCGAUUGGGAGCUGUCCAAGCGGAUUGAAGACGAAGUUGACGAGCAAGAUAACAAUCUUGAGACAGAUAAUGCUACCCAGAAACGGACGAAGCCGAGACAACCUGAUCGAACUGGUACUUGGCAGUUUAUGUCAGUCCUCUUACUAGACUUCCCUUGGAAAGAGGUCACGAUUCCAGAUGAGCUCGAGGCGUUCUUCAACGUUCUCUUGUUCCAUAUCGUCCGCUAUACGAACAGCAGCAUUCGCGAUGCGGGGGUGUUCAUGUCCCAAUACUUCGACGAAUCCAUCAUAGACUCACUGGACGUACAAUACACGUGUGGCUCCGUCAAGCGCAAUGUCAUUCAAACGGGUGUCCUCAAGAGAAGGAUGGAGCCGAUCAAAUUCAAGGAUUACAACGGAUUGGACCACAUUCCAUUGAACAAUAUCGUCAAUCAUCUCUUGAGAUUAUUCAAAGCACAUUACACGGUGACCUUACCCGAUCUUCUCCUACAGCGGCAUCCGACCGAAGACCAGCGCAAGCCCGACAGAGUAGAUUCGGAGCAGGAGACCCUGAACAGCUCUGGUUCUGCUGCUGCUACGGACGAGAAUACGAAGAAGAGGUCCAUUCAAGACAUGUUGGCUGCUCGGGCGGUGGCUAAGUUGGAGGAAAGGCUCGCAAAACACUCGAAGAACUCCCGGAAGCAGAAAAGCCUACAAAGCGAAGACCAAGCCUUGGAACAAGCCUUGGAAAUGGAAAAGGCCGCCGCGACGAGGUUGAAGACCCAAGAACACGUGUACUCUCUCCUAAUUAACGCAUAUGCCGAUGAGAAGUGGCCAGAGCACGACAAGGUUGAUGACAGAGUUCCAUCCAACUACAGCUAUGCGGACUAUCGGGAGAGAGGCCUCAAGUUUCCUCCAGCACCAUCUUCUAGCUCUGGAUCAGAGAGCCCUUCGGAAGCCCGUCCAACUAAACGUCCCAGAUUGCCAGUGCAAGCGGCCAGUGGCGUGGGCCGCGGAUGGCCCUCGUCAUCGUACGCCCGUCGUAGGGGCAAACAGCCGGGGAGGUUGAAUGCCAGUACCAGGCGGUUGUGA